CCCGCAAGCGCGCGCGCUUAAAUCUGAAACCUCGCCAAGGCUUCAUGCAAAAGAGGAUCUGCGUCGCACCGCCCUAGCUAGCUCCUUCCUCUUUCAAGUUUGUCAAAGCCCAAUGAUGCAUGAUGCUCUCGUGUCACUGUCAGCAAUCUUGACAACUUGGCAGGCGCCAUGGCUACCAGAACAGGAAUGGCUGCAAUCCUGUCCUGCAUCCUCCUCUUCAUCAUCUACAAGCAACCAUGUUUCGCGGAGAAUUUGGACAGUGCAAAUGAUGCGAAAGCAGAGCUGUCUUGUGAGGAGCUCGGAUUCACAGGUCUUGGGUUAAGGCGCUUUUGCGACACCUUCGCUGAGUAUGUAAAGGAUGCUGAACUUGAAGCGGACUGCAGGCGGUGCAGCAUUCCGGACGAUGGGGAUGAUGGUUCGAAGGUUGUGUACGCAUCUGCCACACUUGAGGUUUGCAAUAGGAAAGUUCGUUACUACUCAGCCGUCUCCACAUUCCUGGAGAAGCACAUGAAAGACCACCCGAAGUUAACGUUGAAGCACCGGAGCGGGUCCGCACCCAAACUGGUCAUGAAGGACGAGGAUGGAGAAGUCCAAGAAACAAUAAGGAUCGAUAAAUGGAAGACCGAGCACAUAAACGAGUUUCUGAAGCAGAAGUUGCAAUCACCGGACUCCAAUCGACCUGUAUGAUUGAUCGGAUGUGUCUGCAUUCCGCAUGUCAGCAAGUCUGUCACCGGAUCGGUGCGUCUUGAUUUGACGUUUGCCUUUUCGAAGGUUCUUGGUUGAAGGUCAAUUGAUCGGGCACGUCUCUGUAUCCUUGGAAUCUAGUUAUAGUUCUGCAUAUGCCCUUAGCAUCGCAUCG